GUAUACAUCAAUGUAUACACAAACGAUCAUUUCCAUCGGAUCUUGAUUCUUUGUCUAGUGCUCGUCGGAUGUACUUCCUCUGGUGCGCAGAGACGAGAAGCGAGAAGACAGUCAGGCAUCAAGAUAAGAGAGAAGAGACAGCAGGUCCGACGAAACCAAAGUGAAAUUUGGACGGGCAUGCUCUAGAACUCGAGGUAGCAUGACUUGGAUCAGUGCUUGUGUGUCCACAUUCAUCAUCACACUUAUUCAGAUUGCUAAUCAUGACAUCAUGGCAUCAGUAUCUAAGUGUGACGGAGAUGAUCCUGAUCAUAUUAUGUACAAACAUGUACCAGUAUCAGUAUACGUUGGCCACACUGGUCUCGUUUUGAAGUGUGAAAAGACAAAAAAAAACCGUCGGCGUCUGGAGGUCACCAAAAUUCCAGAUGAACGUUUGAGACGAAACUGCAUCAAAGAUGGAGUAGAGAACACAAUCAGAAUUAAGAAGGGAAAUGCCUGCGUGGAAAUGGUUGAUGGUGGAUUGGAGCGGUGGAUCCAUUUUGGGAAGAUUGAUAAAGGAAAGUCUGACGGUACAUACACUUGUACCGAGAGUUGCCAUGGUCAAAAUAAUCAAAGAAUCAAGUAUAAAGAGACAAUUUGGAAUGUGACCGUCCUUGACCUUCCUACUUCUCCUCCUUCAAGAGCAGGUGCAGCGUUUAAAAUCCAAAGCAUCACUCGCGAAGUGCGCGUCGGUCAGAAGGGAUUUUCGUUGCAAUGCGAAAAGACGUCAGGCAGAUAUGAUCGUCGACUUUUAGCCGAAAAAUCAAGAAAAAGAAAGAGUUUACGCACGUGCCAACAAGGAACAAUAAGACGAGGAAGGGUGUGCGUGGAGAGUCUAGACGGCGGAUGGUAUCGCAAAUUUCGUUUCGGAGAGAUUGUCAAGGGAAAGUCUGACGGUGUGUACACUUGUACGGAGACGUACCAAGGAUAUAACCAUACAAGAGUUGUAUACAAGAAAACAGUUUGGAAUGUCAUCGUCAUAGGUCCUUAUACUUCCGGUUCUUUUUCUACGAAAACAGUCACUACUGCAAGCAUUACCCCAAGCUCAUCUGAGCCUCCAACCUACACUGAGAAGUCAAGUCAGUUACCAGUGUCUUCUGCCUCGACUGUCCAGGAUUUAACACCUUCGUCUACCGCCUCAGCAGAUGCGCAUGCGCGCUCAACGAGUAGUGGCGGGAAUUCUAGUACCACUGUUGUGGUGGCCUCUGCUGUGGCAGUUGUUUUUCUGGUGGCCGUCUUUCUCGUUGUUCUGGCAGUGUUGAGACGUCGCUUCAGACUGGGAGAGUCUAGGGGAGUUACUUUGGUGAAAAAAUUCUCGUCGAGGUCAAAGAACAAGCAGUGGGAGUUUCCACGUGAACAUUUGGAAUUGAUAAAAGAGCUUGGUAGUGGAUUCUUUGGCUCUGUCUACGAAGGGAAAGCUUAUGGUAUAACUGAGCCUGAAACUUGGACCUCAGUGGCUGUAAAAUUAGCAAAUGAUGGUAUUGGCCAUUCUAGUUUGUGCGACGAGGUGAAGCUAAUGAGUGGAUUGGGAUUUUGCCCUCACAAGAACGUUAUCAGACUGCUGGGUAUUUGUUCUGUAGAAGGACCAUUGUGUCUCAUAGUAGAGCAUGCAAGUCAUGGCAACCUCAAAUCCUAUGUUCAAUCUGCAAGAAUUGACCGUCAGUCGGAACAACUUCAAUCAAAUUUGAAAAGUGGCCUUGAGAUAACGCCAUACAAAAUGUUCAACUUUGGUCUCCAAAUUGCAUCCGGAAUGGAACAUCUGAUGAACAGGAAGAUACUUCACUGUGACUUGGCUGCUCGCAAUGUCUUGGUGUUUGAAAACGAAAUUCUAAAAAUCUGUGACUUUGGUAUGGCAAAAGACGUCCGAUAUGUUAACUACUAUCGAGAUCAAUCACAGGGAGCGACUCCAGUCAGGUGGAUGUCACCGGAAGCGAUGUUUGACAAGGUCUACACUCAGUCCAGUGACGUAUGGUCGUUUGGAAUUUUGCUAUGGGAAAUAGCAACAUUUGGCGGGUCUCCAUAUCCGGGAAUUUCAGUGGAGCAGUUGUACGAUCUACUAACAGCGAAAUCUUACCGAAUGAGCUGCCCUGUCAACUGCCCACCCAAACUAUAUGACAUCAUGCUCUGGUGCUGGCACGCUGAUAAGACACAGAGACCAACCUUCUCAGCUCUUGUUGAACAAUUAUCUGUCGUUUUGAAUGGCCUCUCUGAGUUUUGUACUACUGAGCUUAGACAAUGACAAUGCAAGUUACCAUGGAAAAGGUCUUACUGCUAUCUGUGAUUAUGACGUCCAUGAGGAUAGAUGAGCUUCUUUGUCAGUGUCACAUAGCGAUGUAGAUAUCAGAUGCUUACAGUUGUUCUGUUGCCAUCUGUGCGAUCAACUAGACACUUAGUUUGAAUGUGUCUGCAGGGCAGCUAGCUAGAUAUAGCAGAAAGAAUACUUUGUUUGAAAUAUGAUGUCUAGUUAAUUGUUACAAAAAUAGAAUUAUAUUAUUGAUUUCAACAAGAUGCAUUAAGUUGAUAUUAUUGAUUUCAACAAGUUGCAGUCUAGACGACGUAGAGCUAGAAAAAUGUCGCCAUGAAAAUG